UGCACUACCCCAAAUCCAGUAUCAUCCUCACUGACAGCUCUUCUCCAACCUGAAGGUUUUUGUAAAGUUCCUAGAAGGAAAUCAUGUCGGAAAAAAUGGGACCAGUGGGUGGUAACAAUGGAGAUGCAUUCAAUGAUGGUGUUUGUGACGGUGUUAAGAAAAUAACUGUCGCAAAAGAGGGAGGUGUUUUUGAUUGUAUAUCAUAUAUCAAGAUCGAAUACGAAAAGGAUGGGAAAUUUGAGACCCGUGAACACGGGACUAUUCGUGGGGAACUACAAGAGUUUUCCGUGGAUUAUCCUAAUGAAUAUAUCACUUCUGUUCGUGGAAGCUAUGGUCAUGUUAAAUACUAUGAAACAGUGCUCAUCAAAUCGCUAAUCUUCAAAACCACCUAUGGAACAACAUUUUCCGUACUCGGUGAGACAAACUAUUCUGGAAAACAAGCUGUGACAGAAUUCAUGCUGGAGGGUAAAAAUGGAGGAAAGCUUCUUGGAUUCCAUGGACGCUCUGGUCAAGCUCUUGAUGCCAUUGGAACUUACUUCUUUGCUGAAGAUUCUUCUCUUAAGCACUUUAACCUUCAAGGUGGCAAUGGAGGAAGUGCAUGGGACGAUGGUGCUUAUGAUGGUGUUAGAAAGAUACUCGUUGGACGACGUAACAAUUUCGUGAGUUAUGUUAGGUUUGAAUAUGCAAAAGGAGAAGGAAUGGUACCACAUGCUCAUGGGCAGAGACACGAAGUUCCACAGGAGUUUGUGGUAAAUUAUCCUUAUGAACAUAUUACAUCAGUGGAGGGAACCUUCGAUCGCUACAUUACAUCACUUAAGUUUAAGACAUCAGAAGGAAGAACCUCCCCUGUUUUUGGAGCUGUGGCUGGUACGAAAUUCGUGUUCGAGGAGAAAGGUUUCAAGCUUGUCGGCUUUUGUGGUCGAUCCAGUGAUGCUAUUGACGCACUUGGUGCAAAUUUUGGCCCCAUACAAGCUCCACCAGCUCCUCCAGCUCCUCUUAUCAUUAAGAUGGGACCCAUCGGUGGUAAAAAUGGAGAUGCAUUCGAUGAUGGUGUUUUUGUUGGUGUUAAGAACAUAAUUGUCGCAAAAGAGGGAGGUGUUUUUGAUUGUAUAUCAUAUAUUAAGAUUGAAUACGAAAAGGACGGAAAAUUCGAAACACGUGAACACGGGACGAUUCGUGGAGAACUACAAGAGUUUUCGGUGGAUUAUCCGAAUGAAUAUAUCACAUCCGUUGGUGGAAGCUAUGAUCGUGUCAUAUACUAUGAAACAGUGCUGAUCAAAUCGCUAAUAUUCAAAACCAGCUAUGGAAGAACAUCUCCCGUACUCGGUGGAAAACCAGCUGGGACAGAAUUCAUGUUGGAGAGUAAAAAUGGAGGCAGGCUACUUGGAUUCCAUGGACGCUCUGGUCAAGCUCUUGAUGCUAUUGGAACUUACUUCUUUGCUGAAGAUUCUUCUCUUAAGCACUUUGACCGUCAAGGUGGGAAUGGAGGGAAUUCUUGGGACGAUGGUGCUUAUGAUGGUGUUAGAAAAAUACUCGUUGGAAGAGGUAGUACUUUUGUGAGUUAUGUUAGGUUUGAGUAUGCAAAAGGCGAAGGAAUGGUACCACAUGAUCAUGGGAAGAGACAAGAGGCUCCACAUGAGUUUGUGGUAAACUACCCUCAUGAACAUGUUACAUCAGUGGAGGGAACCUUCAAUCGCUACAUUACAUCACUUAGGUUUAAGACAUCAGAAGGAAGAACCUCCCCUGUUUUUGGAGAAGUAGUUGGCACAAAAUUUGUGUUUGAGGAGAAAGGUUUCAAGCUUGUCGGCUUUUGUGGUCGAUGCGGUGAUGCUAUUGAUGCUAUUGGUGCAAAUUUUGGCCCUCUCCCACCUCCCUCUUUUAUAAAGAUAGGACCUAUCGGUGGUAACAAGGGAAACAUAUUCGACGAUGGUGUUUUCGAUGGUGUGAAAAAAGUAACCGUUGGGAAAGACGUAUACAGUAUUACUUAUAUCAAGAUCGAAUAUGAAAAGGAUGGAAAUGUCGAAAUCCGUGAACAUGGGACAAAUCGUGGGGAGCUAGAAGAGUUUUCGGUGGAUUAUCCAAAAGAUUACAUCACAGUCGUUGGUGGAACCUACAAUCAUAUUUUCAACUAUGAUACGACGCUUAUCACAUCGCUAUACUUCACAACCUCCCGUGGAUUUACCUCUCCAUUGUUCGGUGAGAUGAGUGGAAAAGACUUUAAUCUCAAAGAUGAAAAUGGAGGAAAACUUCUUGGAUUCCUUGGACGUGGUGGUUAUGCUAUUGAUGCCAUCGGGGCUUACUUCGAGAUCGGUUCUGGUAAUGGAGGAGCUUAAUGAAAGGAGGAAAGUACAAGAUCGUUGUUGGGUUCCAUGCAAAAGAUAGUGGUUUGUUCAUUCCGAGUCCAUGUCGUGCCCAUUAAAACCAAUUAAAGAGAUACUCUUAAGUUUUCUUUCUCUCUUGAAUCCGUAAAAUAAGGUCCAUGCUUUUGGAUUUGUGUCACUCGAAGUAUUGAGUAUGCUUUUCAGAUGUUUGUUUGUGUAUUUUAAUGUCAAUGCUUUAUGCGAUCGUGUGAUGUUCUCUGCCUUGAUGGUGUGUUGUCACUUGUGGAUUUUAAUAAA